UACAUUAUUUUUAAAUUAAGUAUUACUUGAGUCGAUGAAUUAAUAAAAAAUCAAAAAAUCCGCCUAGAAUACAUCGCCCGUUAAAUAUUGCAAUCCUGCUGUCAGUCUUACUCUUACAUGACUCCUGAAACAUAGCUUCGCUUACCCUUUGGCUACACAAUCCUCCCCCUUUUCAUUUCUUACUAACCCCUUCCCCUUUCAAUUCAAUUCCGACACAUUUCACUGCUUCAAUGGGUUCCAGACGCGCCAAGAUUACAAGAGAGGCCAUGCGAAACAUGAUCACAAGGGUCGAUAGAAUCAGCAAUCUCCCAGACUCGCUACUCCUCAUCAUCCUCUCCUUGCUUCCAUUCGAUUUAGCCGUGCGCACCAGUGUUCUGUCCAAGAGAUGGAGGCGUGUUUGCAUGUCACUCUCCAAUGCUCUUUUCGAUGAUAGGUAUGGCCGUUUUUCUGGAGUGCAGUUCAAUACUUCUGUCGAUAGGUUUGUAAUGUGUAGGCCUCGUGAUUUGUAUAUCGAUUCGUUCGGUUUGGAAUGCGGAGGGCGCGUUGAUUCUGAUUUUGUGGAUAAGUGGGUUGAUAAAGUACUUAAGCACCGAGUGAAAGAUUUGACGCUAGGGUUUAGCUUUGAAGGUGUUCCAUAUCGAUUAAUUCAUGAUGUGUAUGCCUAUGGAAAAUUCGAAGCUCUGAGGCUUAAACGGGGAAUAUUGGUUAUUAUUUCGGAUGUUUUGAGAUUUUCGAGGCUGAAGGUUCUUGAGUUCCGGGAAGUUACUUUCUCGACUUAUGAGUCAGUCAAGGAGAUCUUGGUGAACUGUCCGGUGCUUGAGGAUUUAGUGAUUCAGAGGUGUAAAUGGCUUAGCGGCGGGGACCAUCUCUAUGUUUGUGGAUCGGUGUUGAAGAAUUUGGUGUUGAAAUGUAAUGAGUAUUUUUUAAUAGAAAAUCAACAUCGGAUUAGUAUAGAUACACCGGCGUUAGAGACUCUCCGAUUUGGAGACUCUACGUGGGCUAAUCUCUCUAUUGAGGGCAGUUGGUUGUCCCUCGGGACGGCUCAUAUCUCUGUUGAGUCGGUUGCUUCUGUGUUUAAGCUUCUUCAUAAAUUUUGUAAUGUCAAGUUUUUGACUUUGACAGAUAAGAAGCUUAUGGUACUCAAUCGUAUAUCUGAUCUCAAUUUGCCUAUAUUGCCUAGUUUGAUUGAGUUAGAGCUCCGUGUAAAUCGUUGGACUUGUUGGACUGUACUGCCAAAAAUACUUGGAAGCUCACCCAACCUUCAAAGUCUUGAACUUUCAUAUGAGGUUAAUUUAAAAAUCGACGGCGAAGAUAGUUAUCGUGAAUUGUGGAGUAGCCCACGACUAGUUCCAACAUGCUUGUCCUCAAAUCUGAAAACAAUACAGAUUGGAAUAUUCAAUGAAACAAAGCAAGAGUUCUCACUUGUUCAAUACUUGCUCCUGCAUGGGAGAGCUUUGAGAGAGAUGUCGCUUUACUGUUCGAUUGAUUGUUCCGAAUGGAAAAAGUUUAGGAUCCGGAAGAAGCUACUGAAGUUUCACAGAGGUUCAAAGACUUGCAAGAUUAAUGUUGAUUAAUAUGGCUGUGUCCCUUAUGGUAACAACAUAGUCGAGAAGAGAGAAGAGAGGAGAAGAGAGGUCUGCUGCUAGCUGCUCCUGAGGAAUCAUGAUAUACCUUGAGCAAGAGCUGCACUCAUCAGUUUCCUCAUUUUAUUCUGAAAACAUUUUUAUUUGGUUGGAUUUGUUGAACAUGUUUUCUAUAUAUCAGUAUAAUACUAGAUCAACUUCUGCCUUUUUGUUAAUGUUUAAUACUGGAGCGUGUGGUGGUGUUUUCAAGUAAAAUUACUGUUACCGAACAAUGAAACAAA